CCGAGUGAUUCAGUCCAUGUAGCAAACUGUUGGUAAUCUCGGAGAUUAACAUAAACAACGAUUCUGCUAAACAAAAAACCAUGGCCAAACGUGUACAACCGACGUGGCAAGUGCCGGAAGAAAAACCAUCGCCAAAGUUGUAUCUCUACAACAGCUUGACACGUCGCAAGGAACCUUUCGUCCCGCGGGACGGCCGGAACGUGCGGUGGUACAGCUGUGGACCGACCGUGUACGAUGCGUCCCAUAUGGGUCACGCCAGGUCGUACAUUAGCUUCGACAUUCUGCGCCGAGUGCUGAGCGACUACUUUGGCUACAACAUCCUGUACGUGAUGAACAUUACCGACAUCGACGAUAAGAUCAUAAAACGUGCACGGCAGAACUUUUUGUACGAGCGAUACCUGGAGCAGGCGAAAGGGUUCCCCUUGGAGCGGUUGCUUGACGAUAGCAAAGAGGUGAUGACGACAUUCCGGGCGAACAUUGCACGGACGACGGAUCCGGACAAGAAAACGAUGAUGGACCGCAUGCUGGAAAAGCUGACCGUGGCGGUCGAUAAUCUCUCGCUCGCAGUCAAAGACGGGGACGAGGGGAAAGUGAAAGAAGCCCAGGAAAAGUUGCUGCACGACUCGAAGGACCCACUGGCCGAUAUGCUCGAUGGCAAGCAAGGCUCGUCGGUGACGGAAAAUGCAAUCUUCGAGACCCUGCCUCGCUUUUGGGAGGACGAGUUCCAUAAGGACAUGAACGCACUCAAUGUCCUUCCGCCGGAUGUGUUGACGCGCGUCAGUGAAUAUGUUCCGCAAAUCGUUACCUACAUCGAGCGAAUCAUUGCGAAUGGGCUCGCGUAUGAGGCAAACGGUUCGGUUUACUUUGACGUAGCCGGGUUUGACCGGAAGGAGCAGCAUUACUACGCGAAGCUGGUCCCCGAGGCGUACGGUGACGCGAAACAGCUACAGGAGGGCGAAGGAGACCUCAGUACGGGCGAGGAUCGGCUAACGGAGAAACGGUCGCCAAACGAUUUCGCCCUAUGGAAGAGCAGCAAGGCGGGUGAACCGUGGUGGGAUAGUCCAUGGGGACGUGGACGUCCCGGCUGGCAUAUCGAAUGCUCCGCCAUGGCAUCCGAUAUCUGCGGAGACUAUCUGGACAUUCACACGGGAGGCGUCGAUCUCAAGUUUCCUCAUCACGACAACGAGCUGGCGCAGAGUGAGGCGCACGAUGGUAGCAGCGAGUGGGUGAAGUAUUUCCUGCACACCGGCCACCUAACCAUCGCCGGGUGCAAGAUGUCAAAGUCGUUGAAAAACUUUGUCACAAUCCAGCAAGCCCUCGAGCGGCAUACAGCCACUCAGCUCCGGUUAGCUUUUCUGCUUCACUCCUGGAAGGACACGCUUGAUUACUCCGAGAACACGAUGGAAAUGGCCGUGCAGUAUGAACGCUUCCUGAACGAGUUUUUCCUCAACGUCAAGGACCUCACGCGCCACGUCCAGACUGGUCUCCCGAGGGAUGCUUUCAACCGCUGGACACCGGUCGAGGCGGAGUUGCAGCAAAAGUUUGCCGACACACGGGCGGCCAUCCAUGAGGCCCUCUGUGAUAACGUCGACACGCGUACCGCCUUGGAUGCAUUGCGAGGCCUGGUAUCGGUUUGCAACGUGUACAUCAAGGAACACCGGACGGCACUGAACGCACUUUUGCUCCGCCGUAUCGCCUCCUACUGCACCGAUCUGCUGCACACUUUCGGAGCAAUCAAUGGUCCACGGGGUGGCAUCGGAUUUCCAAUCAGUUCCGGAACGACUGCUGGCGGCGCAAGCGGCGAUCUGGAACAAACCGUUAUGCCGUACCUCUCCGCCAUGGCCGAAUUCCGUACCUCGGUUCGGGAGCAAGCGCGCGAACUGAAAGCGACCACCAUCCUACAACUGUGCGAUCAACUGCGUGACGACAUUUUGCCUGCGCUUGGCGUACGGCUCGAGGAUCGCGAAGGUGCCCCGUCGGCCCUCAAGCUCGUCCCGGCCGAAGUGCUGCUGAAGGAACGCGAAGCUAAGCGUGCCGAAGAGGCGCGCAAGGCUGCCGAAAAGGAGCGCAAAAAGGCCGAACAAGCGGCAGCUCAGGCUGCGAAGGACGCACAACGGAAGAUCCCUCCGGCGGAGAUGUUCCGGGCGGAAACCGAUAAGUACUCGGCCUUCGACGCAACCGGACUGCCGACGCACGAUGCUGAAGGAAAGGAGAUUAGCAAGGGGCAGCAAAAGAAGCUCCAGAAGCUGCAGCAGGCACAAGAAAAACGCUACCAAGAGUAUCUUGCCUCAAACACCUAAUGCGAGUCGUCCUAUGCUCCCGUGCUCAAAGGUUUUUCGCAAACACGCCUUCUGAAAUAAAUGCAUUUUUAAAUUAUACACACAUA